UUGAAUUUUUUUACCGUUAGCCUCUGAAGCGCUUAAUUGGAAGGCGUUUCGUCAGCUCCACACAUUCAGAAGCACAGCAUUAAAAAGUUCUAGCACAAACAAGAAAAUUUAGAUAUAGAGCAAAUUAAAAUAGAAAGAGAAAAGGCUUACAGGUUUUUGUUUUUGAAGGAAUGGAAGCGGAAGCAAAAGUUGUGAUUCCUAGGAAACCCAGAGGAGGUAAGGUGAGGAAUGAUCCAGCAAAAGGAAAGAAUCGACAAGUUCUUCGCGAUAUAGGAAAUCUUGAGGUUCUACAAAAUAUUGAAGGAAAGAUCUCUCGCCCAAUUACAAGGGGUUUUCGUGCACAGCUUUUAGCAAAUGCGAAAGUGGCAGCAGAGCAGAAUAAGCUUGUAGUGGUUGAUGAUGGGGUGACUGCAAGAAGAAAAGACCAAUCUCUGAAGAAGGCAGCAGGAACUGAAAAGAAGUUAUCUGAAGAACCAAAAUGUGAUGAUCUAAUUGUAAUAAGCUCUGAUGAGAAAGAAAAGGGUAAAGCAGAAGACAAGCAAAAGAAAUUACCUGAUAAUUCGACCUCAAUCGGACCUUCUGAAGAGGGGAUUGCCGAACCUUGUGGUAGACAAAGAUCAAGGGAAAAGACCUUAAGGAAUAGAGUCAAGGCAUUCAGUUCAAUUCUUACUGCUCGAAGCAAGGCUGCUGGCGGAAUUGCCAACAAGCCGAAGGAUGUGAUAGUGGACAUUGAUGCAGCAGAUGCAGAUGAUGGCCUGGCAGUAGUUGAGUAUGUUGAAGAUAUCUACAUGUUCUACAAAGAAGAUGAGAGCCGAGUGCACGAUUACAUGAUCUCGCAGCCUAUUAAUGAAAGGAUGAGAACUGUUCUAGUAGUCUGGCUGAUAGAAGUUCAUGACAGAUUUGAACUAACACCAGAAACCCUGUACCUUACCAUAAACAUAUUUGAUCGCUACCUUUCGAGGAAGACUGUGAGCAGGGACAAACUUCAGCUAGUUGGCAUUAGCUCAAUGCUCAUUGCUUGCAAGUAUGAAGAAAUCUGGGCUCCACUGGUUAACGAUUUUGUAUGCAUAUCAGAUUAUGUUUAUGAUGGAGAAGAGGUGUGUGCCAUGGAAAAAGAAAUUUUGGGGGAGUUAGGUUGGUAUUUAACAGUUCCUACUCCAUAUGUGUUCCUUGUGCGGUAUCUUAAAGCUUCUGUUUUGCCUGAUCAGGAGAUGGAGAAUAUGGUGUUUUUCCUAGCUGAACUCGGUAUCACCUCUUACCACAUUAUAAUUUCUUACUGCCCAUCAAUGUUCGCUGCUUCAGCUGUUUAUACUGCACGUUGUACCCUUAACAAGAGACCUUAUUGGACCGAAACUCUGAAGCAUCAUACUGGAUAUUGUGAAAAGAAAAUUAAGGAUUGUGCAAAGCUCUUGGCUAAGUUGCACGUGGAGGCUAAAGAAAAUGGGCUUACAGCAGUCUGUAAUAAAUUCUUAUGUCCUGAAAAGGGCUUUAUCGCUCAUUUUGCUCCAGCGGAAGAUCUUUUAUCAAGCUCCUCAUGAGGGGAAAUAUAAGGUCUUUCUACCAUAGGUUGAUGGGUGCUUCCCUUGUAAAUCACUAAUGACAGACUAGCCGAUAUUGGAUGGAAUGUAUGUAAAACCUUUAUAUCAAAUGAAUGCAAGAAUGAUUGCUUUCCCUUUAA